GAGGCAGGAUAUAUAGGCGGCACGGACUCGACGUAGGGAACUGUGGGAGGAGGAGGAGAAGAACUAGAGGAGGACUGGAGGAGGAGCCGGGGAGGCAAAGCCAGUUGGCAGGCGUGCUUAGGGCGGGCGUUGAGCCACGCUAGUUUAACAGGACUGAACGUCCAUAAUGGAGAUGAUGAUGAACCUUACGUUGACUGCAGCUGGGUUGGCCGCACCACCAACUUAGGACUUAGGGUGGAGCAGGCCAAGGCAAGAUGGAUGAUUGUACCGAUUGAAGGAGUAGGAGCGGCGGCGGGGCUGGCCACGAGCCCAACGAAUUGGCUUGUCCGUCCGUCCAUCCAUGUAGUAGCUUAAAGCUGAGGCUGGAAGGUGGAGCAGGAAAACUGAAAUCGGAAAACCCAAAAUUGCCGGAGGUGGGUGCACCACGACCCACCCAUAAUUUGCCCCAUCAUUCGUCAAUUAUUGCGUGGUAUAAUCCCCGAGGGCUGAAGACGUGAUUGGCGCAGAGUCGUUGUCGGGGAAAAGCCCAUUAUGGCGGCCCACGAGUUCCACGUGGAAGAGACGGGUCCGGAUUUCGUGAUGGAGGAGCUCGAGACCUAUCUGAGUCACCAGGUUUACUCGGAUCUGAAUCUCAUUUCCAAGGAGAGUCUGGCGGUGUCGGCUCAUUGUGCCGUCCUCUCCUCCGUGUCCACCUACUUGAAGGAGAUCAUCGCCGAAGGCUUCUCGCCCUUCUCACCCGGACCCAUCACGGUGUGCAUGCCCUUUGCCGCCUACGACGAUAUUCGAAGACUCCUCCAGUUGGUCUACCUGGGCCAAGUCUCUAUCCAUAACGAAGAGAAAGCCCGAUUCCUCGGAAUCUUGAAGACCCUCCGGAUCGAUCAAAAGUUGGAGUUGUCAUCCGUGGGCUCAGAUGAGAGCUCCACCAAGAUCCAAUUGACGGUUAAUAACAUCAACAGUCCUAAGAAAGUCCUCGUGCCUACUGUCACUAUCACCCCGCAACCCCAAGCCGUGGCCCCGGCUUUUGCCAUGCCAGAUCCGGCCCAUGAUAAUGAUAGUGACGAUCAGUACGGAGAAUUGGAAGAAGAAGCGGCGGCUGAAGAGGUUCAGUACGACGAAGAUGAGGAUGACGAGGAUGAGGGUUCCAUGAACUACUUCGAGCCCCAGACCCAAAUGACCGUGGACGAUGACGACGACGCCAUGAUGGACUCGAGUAGUACGGAAGUCAGCCAGGAUGCCAAUGGUGUGACCAAUCUGCAAAUGCCCCCCAUGACCACAUGGCAGCCGCUCCCAGUGAACCCCCCUGCUCUCCCCGCCUCGAUCACGAUUGAACGCACCAUUCGACCCAAGACCAACACGCCCUCAUCCAUCACCACCGAUUCCCAUCGACGCCAGCUCGACCAACACACGCGUGAUAUGCUCACCCAAAUCCCGGGCGAAGUAUCCAAUUCCGGUGGGGCUAAGUACGAACGAUGCAAGUGUCCGAAUUGCCAAGCUUUGGGCCCGCGUGCUCCUCUCCCGGGUGAAAUCAGUAUGCACAUUUGCCACUAUCCCGAGUGCGGCAAACAGUACAAGAAAACCUCUCAUCUCCGAGCCCAUUUGCGCAGUCACAUUGGUGAUCAGCCGUACAUGUGUUCUUGGCCCAAUUGCGGGCGGAAGUUCACCCGAUCCGACGAGCUCCAUCGGCAUUUUCGGAUCCAUACCGGGGAAAAGAAGCACAAUUGUCCGCACUGCGAUAAGAAGUUUUCCCGCUCGGAUCAUUUGAAGAAACAUCUCACCUCUCAUAUGAAGAACAACAUUCCUACUGCAUAUCCGAACUUGCCACUUCUGCCCCUCUCGCCGAGUAUGGAGAUUAAGGAGGAAGCCCCUGAUUGCUGAUCUUGACUAGACACGAUCUAAAAAUUCGCCUUAUUCUAUUUUCUGGAAUAAUCUUAACCGUAAUAAUAAAACUUGCGCUCAAUAAUA